UAUCUUUCGGCUUUUAGUGAUCUUUUCGAAUGAAUGAAUUCAGCUGUCCGUUAUCAUCUAUUCCGACACCCACGAAGAAUACCCAUAAGGUUAUCAGAAUCCAGAGUACAGCCGCCACUAAGCAUUGGAUUGGAUUUCCUUCGGAGUGUCUCUUCUGGGCCUAGGGUUACAAGUCUGGGAGAUGAAAAACUUUGUUCUCAGUUGAGGGAGAAAGAAGUGAGCGAGAAGAACGUUGAUCGAAAAGUGAUGGGAGGAGAGCGAAUUACAACGGAUGGUGAGGGGGAAAAUGGAAAAGACAUAAAGCAAUAUCUAAGCCACAUAGAACGGACGGCGACAGAGCCAAGGCAUGAAUCCCUUUAUAACUUCAUCCUCACACAAGUGACAAGCAUAAACUCUACCACACGUCUCUUUUAUCUUUCACCUCUUCAUACCGCCUCUAACUCCUAUCCCAAACUCCUCACCUGGAAACCCGGGCAAUGGAUCGAUCUCUAUCUCCCUGGAAUACAGAGACCUGGUGGUUUUAGCAUUGUGAAUAUCCCUCCUUCUCAAUCUUCCCCUUCAAUUUGUGACUUGAAAGAAGAGAAAAGAAAAGGUAUUGAACUGGCAAUUCAAAAGCCCAUCUUGAGAUUAAAUUCCGGGGGGAAAAUAAGUGAACAGGUAGCCUGGUUAUUCCAGCCUUCAUCAGAAAUUCUUGGAAGAGAGGUAGCAGUUAGAAUUGGAGGGUCAUUUACCUGGCCUCCUUCUUAUUGGGAUAAGAAUGGAAACAAAGGAUAUCGGAAGGAGCGGGUAGAAAAUGGAAACAGGGUGGUAUUUAUCGCAGGUGGAAUGGGUAUCAAUCCUUUGAUGAGUAUGAUCUCUUGUAUUCAUGCUGAAUUGACAGAUAAUGAAAGGAGAGUAGAAGGGAAGAAGGUGCAAGGUAAAGAAGGAGAUGAUCAAAUUGAAAAGAGUGCGAAGGAAAAUGGAUGCGAGAAUCUUGAGGUAAAAUUCCUCUACAGUACCAAGGUACCGGCUUCCACUCCAGCAGAAGACGAGCGAAGAGAAGGAGAGGCAGAAGAAGCGAUACUGUUUCUAGAUCGUUUACAAGAAAUCUUCAAGGAGAGAGAGCAAUGGGAUCUUCAGCUUUUUACAACCGGCUCCUCCCACAACACUAUCGAGCUUUCGAAGACAAGCGCAACUUCAAACAUGGAAACCCAUCAUCGAAGAAUAUCCAACGACGACAUCGACCUUGCGUUAGGAACAAUGGAGGAGAGAUCACGAACGAUAGCUUAUAUAUGUGGUCCGCCCACUAUGACUGAUUCCAUGGUUUCUUAUGUUCAAAACCUCCCCGGCAUGGAUCCCCUAAGAGUUUUAUGUGAGAAAUGGUGGUGAGCUCAUAUCAAUUUUUUCGAGAAAAUCGUUAGCGAGACGGUUUUGAAGAGACUAACGUAUUGUCAUACGUUUUAUUGGUAUUACAAUAGACACUCAUUCAUACCUUGAGCGUUUGGAGAAAUAUUUUAUAUUUUGUUAGUAAUUCUGUACAUACUCAUUUAUUUCAUCUCCAAUUGAUGAUAUUUACACGAU